AUGUCUUCAAAGUCUUUUGCAAGUGCUAAACAAAUCGGUCUUCAGCGCCCGGUCGCUGCCAGGCGCUUGGUGGUCCGCGCAGAGGCCCCUGAGGCCCCGGUGAAGGAGCGUACGGCCGUAAAGAAGGCGGACAAGGGUCUACUUGGCGAGCUGUCUGGUUUGGGUGACGCGCUCGGGCCCAUUGGGCUGACAUACAGUGGCGGCAUCAAGCCCAAGGAGCACUCCAGCGUCCCCGAGGACGCGCCGGCCGCCGCCAGCGGAGCCGCCGACGAGGACAGCGGCGAGGCGUCCACCUCGGGGCGGCGCCCGCCCUCCAUCUCGCGCAUGACGACCGCGGAAUGGCGGGCGAAGUACGAGGCGGACGGGACCGUCGACCUGUUUGUAGAGGAAGAGUUUAACUCGGGAUCGCGGCUGAUCGGCGGCCGUGCCGUGCACUGGGGCGGCACGGCCGGCUUCCGCACCGGGGAGGGCCCGUCGGCGGGCGACGCGCCGCGCCACACGGUGGUCAUCCACAACCCCCAGGCCGGGCAGACAGUGACAGUGGACGUCCCAGAGGACAGGUACAUCCUGUGGGAGGCGGAGGAUGCGGGCCUGGAGCUGCCCUAUGCGUGCCGCAUGGGCUGCUGCACCGCCUGCGCCGUCCGCGUCAAGUCAGGGGAGCUGCGACAGGUUGAGGCCCUGGGGGUCAGCCAGGAGCUGCGGGACGCCGGCUACGGCCUCAUGUGCGUGGCCUACCCCGUCGGCGACUGCGAGCUCGAGGUCGCUGACGAGGACGAGGUCUACGAGCUCCAGUUCGGCCGCGCCUUCCAGGAAGCUGCGCUCGACCCCAACUCGGCGUCGGUGGAGCGCGACGAUUUCGCGCUGGAGAUUGCAAACAUGGACGAGUGA